AUGACCCGACUCUCAGAAGACAUUCCAUUCCCUGGUCAACUAGCGCAUGAGCCUGCACCGCAGGCUGAAGCUGUUGUAUCGGGUGUCGAUGCUUGGGUUGUUUAUCAGCUCAAAAACAACCUUCUACGUGGUGUUCACUACGAGAACCAGCUCUAUGGACAUUGGAAUGCUUAUCUAUAUGAAUUGUUCCCGUCCAGAAGGCGCUUCAUGAUCACCCCACAAGCAAUUAUUCGGACACCCGUUGCCGGCGAGGGAGAACCUGAAGACAUCGAUGACGCUGAUAGAUCCUUUGGAUCUACUGGGGCAAUUUUUGAGUCCAGGAAUCUUCCUGGCUUUGAGGAAUGUAUAAAAUAUCCCGAUUUUGUUCCUUUCAAAGAAGUACCACAAGUGGACGGAGAAAUUAUUCACCAUCCGAUCACCAUUGUGGAAGUCAAACGCGACCUGCAAGGUUUAGAAGAUGGCCACAGCCAGAUGGUGGGCUACAUGACGACAGCGGCGCGCCAUCGCAACACUCCUCGCACCUUACGCGGGUUCCUUUUGGGGGGACAUCAUCUGAAAGUAUAUACUAUACAAACGGGGAUUGAAGGUGCUGAACCUGAAGUGGGAGAUCGUCGUGACAUACUCGUGCCUCAGCAGGAGGAAGGCAGUUAUGAUAUUGCACUGGAGCUGGCCAAAUUAGCUGCAGAGCGCUGGAAUGAGGUGGCAGCCUAA